AAUAAAACCACAAGCACCACCACUAAAAGCGACAAGUGUUCCAGUGAAAGCAGUAGAAGAUCCAGAGAACAAAUUAUAUAAUGCUAACAAUAAUUUACAAAAUAAUGUCGUAGAAAUUAUUGCACAACAUAUUAAGGAAAAGAUGAAGAACAAAGAUAAUAUAAUAAAAGCUACAACAAUGAAAGCAGUAGAAGAUCCAGAGAAUAAAUUAUAUGAUGCUUCAAAUAAACUACAAAAUAAUGUCAUGGAAAUAAGCACACCACCUUUAAAGAUGCAGAACAAAGCUGAUAAACUCAAAGCUAGAACAGUGAAGGCAGUAGAAGAUCAAAAGAGUAAAUUGUAUAAUGCUACAAAUAAACUACAAAAUAAUGUCAUGGAAAUAAGCACACCACCUACAAAGAUGAAGAACAAAGCUGAUAAACGCAAAGCUAAAAUAGUGAAGGCAGUACAAGAUCAAAAGAAUAAAUUAUAUGAAGCUUCAAAUAAACUACAAAAUAAUGUCAUGGAAAUUAACGCACCACAUAUAAAGAUAAAAAUGAAGAACAGAAAUGGAAAUGAUAAACUAAAAGUUACAACAGUAAAAGCAAUGGAAGGACCAAAGAAUGAAAUAUAUAAUGCUACAAAUAAACUACAAAAAAUUGCCAUGAAAAUGAAGAAAAAAACAAAUGGUAAAAUAAAAAAUAAUUCUGCCCAUAACAUGACAGGAAGCCAGCUAUUAAAUAUUACAAAGGAAGCAAUCUCAGAUCACAAUCCAAAUGAAACUGUUAAUAUUAAGAACAAAAAUGAAGAAAUCAAAAUUCUCAUAUGGACUACAUAUUAUUCAAAAAUAUUAGACUUUGGAGAAGACGCUUCCAAUUGUUCAGUAAAGCUCUGUAGUUUCCACUAUGAUAAAUCUAAAAUAGGGAUAGAAUCAAGUGACGCAGUCUUAUUUCAUUUAUGGGGCAGUGACUUAAGGACUGAUGACACCAUACCCCAGAUUCGAUUCUCAUGGCAGAACUACAUAUUUUUCUCAAUGGAAAAUCCAAAGAGGGAUUACUUCACAAAAGAACUGAAUUUGACCCAGUUAGACAGUUUCUUCAACCUCACUAUAACAUACAAAACAGACUCUGAUGUACCUCUGUGGUAUGGCAGAUACAUUCCAAGAAGCUCAAAACGAACCAGUAUGAGGAAUUACUAUAAGGAGAAUAGACUUAAUGAAACAGAUAAUAAAGAUGCAACAAUUCUAUGGAUUGCGAGUCAUUGUAAUACAGUGAAUGAUCGUUUGCGGUUUGUAAAGGAGUUACAGAAAUAUAUAGCCAUCGAUAUAUUUGGAAAAUGUGGAAAGCCUUGCAAACGUGGCACAAAAUGUAAGUCAUUUAUACAAAUUUUAUUUACUAUUACAUGUAGUUGUAGAACAUUGAUAUACAGGGUGUCCAUAAAGUCUCUUUACAAUUGCAAUACAAAAUCAGCAUAAAGUGUAAUGACUUAAGAGGGUGGUUUCCUAAAGCCGAUGGACGAGUGCGCAUCAUUCUCGCGCAUCUAACUUUCGGUUUCGGUUUCGAUGCCGUGAUUUUGUUAUUUUAAUGUAUAUUACUCAAAUAAAUAAAACUUAUGUUCAAAAUGAAUGAAAAUGGCUUUAUAAUAUUUAUUUGUGGUGAGAGAAUUAGUUGCACGGGAAAAUAAGACAUUCUAUUGUCGUAAUUUUUGAACGUCUCUGAAACUCCUCACCAAUUAUCGCCCACCUAGAAACAAGAUGCUGCACUGAUGACGGGACGAUUUCAGUCUCAAUCGGGCAAACAGUGGAGAAUCGUAGCAUUAAACAUCAUAACAACUGUUUAUGAAGGUAAGAAGUAUCGAAUUCAAUAUCAUUUUCCUUUUGUAAUCGAUCAAAAUCACCAUAUUUAAAGGUAGAAAUCGCUUCCUGGUUCUCGAUCGGGAAUUGUCAUUUGCGUAAUAUUGAUUUGAAAAUUCUCACGAAAUUUAGUAUUUAAUGUAAUAAUUUGGUAUGUUAAUAGUAGAUGGUAGUGUUAUAUAUAAAUACAAUGGAUUAUUCUGUGAUCGUAUGCAUAUAAUCACUGAAAUUCUUCUAAAAUUACAUAAGAAUUUAUUUUGG